AUGUCUUUCACCGGCACGCAGGCCAAGUGCAAAACCUGCGACAAGACGGUCCACUUCAUCGACCUCCUCACCGCCGACGGCGUCUCUUACCACAAGACAUGCUUCAAGUGCAGCCACUGCAAGGGCACCCUCUCGAUUAGCAGCUACUCUUCCAUGGACGGUGUCCUGUACUGCAAGACGCACUUUGAACAGCUCUUCAAGGAGACAGGGACCUUCUCCAAGAAAUUCCAAGGUGGAGCAUCUUCAACCAAGAACGACCAGGCAAAGGCUCCGAGCAAGCUAUCAUCUGCAUUCUCUGGAACUCAAGAUAAAUGCGCAGCCUGCCAGAAAACCGUGUAUCCAUUGGAGAAGAUGACGUUGGAAGGCGAGUCGUACCACAAGAGCUGCUUCAAAUGCUCGCACGGGGGCUGCAUCCUGACCACCUCCUCCUACGCCGCGCUUAACGGGAUCCUCUACUGCAAGAUCCAUUUCUCGCAGCUGUUCAAGGAGAAGGGCAGCUACAACCACCUCAUCCAGACGGCGCAGACCAAGAAGAACGAGGCUGCGGAGGCCGCGUCGGAGCCACCGGCGGAUGCAGGCGCGGCUGAGCCGGAAGCACCCGCGCAGUCGGCGUAG